AGGAAGAGGAAGGGGGAGAAAGACAAGACGAAGGACACAGAGAGACCGACAGAUGGAAGAGAAGCAUGCAGCAGCAGAGAGGAGGAGGAGGAGGAGGAGGAGGAGGAGGAGAAACAAAGCGUGUUGACUGAGGAAGUGUGCAUGCCAUGCGGGCCAUGUGCUCAGAUCCAGGAGCGCUGCGCUCGAGGAAGGUGGCUGCAAACCGGGGCUGCUUUUUCUUCUCCAAUGCGCUGCGCUGCGCUGCGCAACACCAAACAACAACAGCCUGAACUCUUCGUGAUGAUGAUGAUGAUGAUGAUCAGUGAAAAGAUGAGGAGUGCGAUGGAGAGAGGCUACCGUCCUGCUGGUUGGCUGAUUCGGCACAGAUUUCUCCAGAAGCACCACCAUGUGUUCCCAUUUCCGAGGAAAGAUGGACCGUCUACAGAAGUGUCUUCUCCACCCAGGCGUGACCGCGCCGCGCCGGCCGGCCUUCACGGUUCGCGUCCCUGUGGCUGCUGUCAGUUGCUCAGUAGGCAGUGUAGAUCCUGUGUAGCAAUCAGCAGCUACAUCUGGCUACUGGGUCUCCGACGGCUCGGCCUACUUCCCGGUCGAGCGUGCCCGUCCUGCUCCCCCCAUUGGCUGGUGGCACAUUCCAAUCCUCCGAUUGGCUGCGAUGUCAAGGGGAGGGGGGGGUCGCUCCAUCCUGUGACCCCACAGACAGGAUGUUCUCUGUGUCACAACUCCACAAGGGGCCCUUGUCAAGGCUUUUUGUGUUGGUUUUUUUUCACUCCUUCCUCUUCCGCCAUUCUUUUAAUUCUCCCUGUUUCUGCCUCUCUCUCCCUCCUCAUGCUCUCUGAGCUCCUCUUUGUACGAAACGUCCUUGGUGAAAGCUAUCAAAGUUAAAUGUGAUUUUGCCAAAUGAAAAGCAUUACUUGAUGCAUGUUUUAAAAGCUAGUUGAGAUGAAGAGAUGCACCUUUGCUUUGUCCUGAACCUGGCAUACAAUGUAGAUUUCUGUGUGGUUCAAUUCUACAGCUACAUUGUCUGCUGGGUUUCUGGCUAGCAAUAUAAGCAGCAGUUAUAUAACCGCUCCGGUGCUCAGAAACAGGUAAGUAUUCAUAAAUUCUGCCUCAAAUGCCUGACCCUGACAAUUCAAUAAAUAUUCCACAUUAA